CUUCGAUGUAAAAACAUUUUGCGAAGCAAUUCAAAAAUAUAAAAUUAAUCAUAUUUAUGUCGUUCCACCAAUUAUAAUUAAACUUGUUGAUGAUCCAGUGGUUCAAAAUUAUGAUUUGUCAAGUGUGAAAAUAGUUAUAAGUGCUGCAGCCCCACUCGGUGAUAAAUUGGAAAAAAAAUUCUAUGAUAUGUUCAAAAUACCGGUUUUGCAGGCUUAUG